AUGAAUCUCACCACCCGCGCUCAGUCAAAAUCGCAGUCACAGUCGCCCAGAGACUCCGCGGCGACACCAACAAGCCAAAAGGACAACUCGCCCCGCCCAUCCAGCGCGAAUCGCAAAAAGUCCUCCGAAAUAGCAGAGACGAAGGCAAAACGCACCCGCACAGGCUGCUUAACAUGCCGCGAAAGACAUUUAAAAUGCGACGAGGCCCUAGGAAGAUGUCUGAAUUGUCGGAAGUCAGACAGGAUUUGCCAUCGAGGUGUUCGCUUAAACUUUAUUGAUAUACAAACUGUUGCGCCUCCGCAUAUCAUUGCGCGGCCCAAGGGUGCAAAGUUGACAUUUCGUGAUGACUCGCGAUUCAUAGCGUCUGAAUAUGUCGGUGGCUUUGAGAGGUAUCCACCACCUCAACCGGAAAGUCCGAUCGAAGAACGACGACAGAUUCAGCAUGAGGCUUUGAAUAUGAUUGGUUCCGAUCAGUUGGAGAGUCUUUUUCAAUCUGUUGCUCACUCGUUUGAUCCGCUUGGAUUUGAUCUGCCGCAGUCUGCUGCAAAUGAUUUUUUGGGCGGGUCGGAUAUUUGGCAUGGUGCCCAUCUUGUGCCGGGAGAUGAACUACUCCCACAUGGCACGUCGAGUUUUUCUCAUAAAUUGGGUUUGAAGCAGUAUAGCCCUGCUUCUUUGGCUGAUCCUGAACAAAUAUAUCUUCUUCAGACUUUCGUAGAAGAUGUCGGUCCUGAUAUGGAUUCAAUGGAUGUAACAAGACAUUUCACACAAAUUUUACCCCUGCAUGCCAUUGAUGAGCCAUUAUUACUCAAAGCAUUUCUAGCUUGCGGCGCUAGACAUAUCUCACUCGUCGAUCCUUCUUUUGGGCCGGAAAAAGCCCAUAAUUAUUACGUGGCAGCCACCCAAGACCUUCUGCAUGCGAUGCGGGAUCCCAACCGCGAUUCAGUAUUAUGUGCUACGGCUGCAUUAAUUCUUAGUACCUACGAAGCGAUGUGUCCGCAGUCAGUAAUGAAACACAUAGCCGGAUCGAGAGCAUUAAUUCGGGAGUGCGGCUGGACUGCAAAAACACCAAGCCUGGGUGGAACAUGUUUCUGGAUCAGUGUGACCAUGGAGCUACUGAGCUGCUUAUACAAAGGUUGGCCUUUAUCCUGGGACCCGGAUACCUGGGGAGUGGAUAUGAAUAUGGCGCAGAACCAACCUUUUUGGAAAGGAGACGAUCACUGGCUGCAUCGUAUCAUCUAUAUCUGCGCAAAAAUCGCCAACUUUCGGGUAGCUAUUCAACACUUGCAGUCUGCUGUUGACACUCGAUCUCGAAAUACUCGACUAAAUGAAGCUGUGCCAGAAUGGAACCAUUACAAUGCGUUGUGUGAACAAUGGAUCACUUCUAUACCGCGGUCAAUGAAGCCACUCUGUCUUCCGCAGCCAUGGCAUGGAUCCAAAUCUGGGUUUCCGAAAACCUGGCUUAUUAAGCGAUCGGCGAUCAUGUCCCAGUUUUUCUAUCACACGGCCUGUAUAAUCUUGGCCGGUAUUCACCCAAUAAAAGGCUCGACCGAGCCAGAGAUGAAAGAAGCACAGCAAUCUAACGCAUAUGAAGUUUGUGGCCUCGCUGCAAACCUGAAAGAUCAAAGCGUAUCAAAUAUAGCGAUCCAUUGCCUUGCCAUUGCUGCAGAGUUGUUAGAAACACAAGCCUCGCGGGAAGAGGCCUUGAGUAUACUCGAUGCGACAACAAAAAACACACAUUGGCAUACUGAGUUGAUCAAGGAAACAUUGAGGCAUCAUUGGGGUUGGUCUCAGCAACCAGGCACUGUGGAUCCAACUCAGAUGCAUACCGAUUUCCAUAAUUUGGAUCCAGAACUUCCGCUCCAUGAAGAUUCGGGCUUCAAUGUUGGAAUAUCCAAUCCUCUAUUCGAUGCUGGUGACUUCUCGUUGGAAGGUAAUCCUUAUCAUGGGUAUUAUGUGCCUCCGAAUCACCAUCAGAUCCUUGAUCAGUAUCAGUAUAACUCUUUUCUUGUUUGA